AGUUCGAGAGCUUACGUCGCGGGAUAGAGCGCCGGAGGAGGGAAGCUCCCGGCUUUGCGAGGCGGUGGGCGGCCGGUCUUUGAGCGGUCUCGUCCCCUUUCAUCCGGAGCGAUGAAUUCCCUGGAACAAGCGGAAGAUCUCAAGGCUUUUGAAAGAAGGCUAACUGAAUACAUAGCUUGUUUACAGCCAGCUACUGGACGCUGGAGAAUAAUUCUUAUAGUGGUAUCAGUCUGUACAGCCACUGGUGCUUGGAACUGGUUAAUAGAUCCCGAAACACAGAAGGUAUCUUUUUUCACAUCCCUAUGGAACCAUCCAUUCUUCACCAUUAGUUGCAUCACAUUAAUUGGUUUAUUUUUUGCUGGAAUACAUAAAAGAGUAGUGGCGCCCUCAAUCAUAGCCGCUCGAUGUCGAACUGUUUUGGCAGAAUACAACAUGUCAUGCGAUGAUACUGGAAAAUUAAUCUUGAAACCUCGGCUCCACGUCCAAUAACCCAUCGCUUCUGUAUAGGGGAUCGUGGGAUUUACACGUACCAUUUUGUUUCUUCACUACAACGAGGCCAAAGGAGACCGAAAAACCAGGUUUUGUUUUCAACCUUGGAUGGAAGGUGGAUGAAACAUUUGGCAUCUCCCCAUCUUUUCUGCCCGAACUUUGUGUUAUCGAUUUCUCCUCGGACAGUAUUACCGUUUCCUCAUCUCUAAUGGCGAGGGGGGCGCCGAGGCAGGCCCCUGCGGAAACUCGUCUGCAUCGACAAUACACAAGUCAUUGUAAAUAGAAAAACAGCUACAGUGUUGGUACUGCCAUUCUCCACAGCGUUGUUGUUGUUUUUUAAAACCGGUGCGCGUGUUUGUAGAUCGCGAGCUCUUUACCUUCUUCCACAUCCCGAUUUGUUGACAGGUCGCAUCCAGAGGUCGUCCGUGGUUUAUUCAACGAAUGAGCGCGUUGACACAUUGCCUAAUGUUUCAUUGCCAUUGGUCCUUCCUUUUGAUGGCAGCAACCUCAGUCGCCUAGAUCUUAUCAGCAGAACGUUUUAGAGUAACGUCCAGGUCGUGAUUUUGAGUUAGCUGCCUCCCACAGCUCUGCAGGUACUAUACAGUGUAAAAGUUGGUUUCCUUUUUGGAUCUUCUUUGGACCCAGAGACUCGAGAGUUUUGCAUUUUCUUGCUAAUAAUUAUAAAACGUUCGGCCUCCGCACGUUGAAAAAAAGCGGAGGAAAAACAACGGAACAUCGCACACAAAAUACUUGGUCAGGAUUCAAGAAGCUAAUUUUUUUUUAAAAGUCCUAGUUUUUCGCUUUAUGCAAGCUCUGUUAUCCACAGCUUGCUGUUUUUGGCUCUUCCGCUCCCGAAUUGUUCUUUUUCUCUUCUCCGCGAAAUAUGUUGGAUUUGAAAUUGACGCCGGGAGAACUCCGCCGUGAAAUUGUAGUAUUGCCGGACGUGAUGCAAUGGUCUUCAUUAUUACUUGACGAAAAGAAGUGCCAGAAAUGUAACCGAACCAUUUUGCUGCUUUUGGGGGUUUCGUUGAGGAUGCCCUCAACGGACCUAACAAAAUUGAAGAAUUUGGGGAGUAGGUUUGUAGCCUUGUAUUGGACACCCACAACAUCCAAACUCAGCUUGAUGGGUAGCUAGGUUUUUUCUGUAUUUGCAGUAGCCAUUUGCAGAACCUUGUCUAGCGAUGGCUGCAAAUGUGGCUCCAUGCUAGAAGUCACAUCAUAAACAGCAUCAUUGAAACCAUACAAGAUGCUCUCAAACCAUAGUGCUCGGUGUUGAUCAUGGUUUAAUCUAGUAGAAGUACUGGAGACAUGAAGCUUUCACUCUGAUGUUGGAAAUGGUCUCUUUGGUUGUAUUUUUCACUGAAAAUACCUGCUUAACGAAAAGGUUUUGUACCCACAAAAGGUCAGAUUCUAGAUUGCUUAGUGGCUCUAGUGUUUCUCCAUAUAGGAAAUUUAAAAAAACCCUUUUUUUACAAACUAUUUUAAUUACCCUUGUUACACGGGAGUGUUAAAAUAAAAUUCAAAAAAGUGGCUGUUACCCACAGUGUGACUUUUAAAAUACCGACCCAGGAAUUUAAUUUUAAAUCCACGCGCCUUUUUUUAAAAAAAACGUACAAGCUAUUUUAAUAAGUGCAUCGCGCUUCUGAGAUGCAGCUGAUACCAAAAGGAUCCUCAACUGUGCAAGAAUUUAUAGGAGAAGAAAUCUUUUGUAUUUACUAAUGAUGCACAUCGAAGUCUGAUUUUUCUUCUUUUGCUCUUGGAAGUGUCUUCUUUAUUCCUUACACCACCGUGGUUUUUAAGCAACUGUACAUUGGUUGGCAAAACUGGAAAUUGCCUUUUAAAUAAAUAUUUUAUUGUUUGAUCUUUUAAAAAAAAUGCAAGAGUGUGUUUGUUGGAAGUAAAACCUCUGAAAUCACUAACCUCUGAAA